AUCAACUAACCUUCCACUUUUGGCACUCCCGCCAAAAUGCUUGCAACCACCAUUUUUCACAAAUUUUAUUAACAGAAUAUCUAGCUAAGACUCAAUGACCUUUCUUAAUUAACUUUUUCUACAACCAUAUACACAUAUUUAUCUAUCAUAACUAACUAUUGGUUUCGAAAAAGUUAAUUACUAGUCUGUGUUCAUGGGAAAUGGUCCAAGGGGAGUAGCAGCCCUGAUUGUGACAUGGCUCGCUAUAUUUGAUGCCUUUUUUCUUCAUGUGGCCAAUGGUCACUUUGAUUAUCAUGAUGCCUUGACAAAAUCGCUUCUAUUCUUAGAGGCGCAAAGGUCAGGGAAGCUUCCUCCGAACAAUAGGGUUCCUUGGAGAGGCGAUUCUGCUCUUCAAGAUGGCCAAGAAGCUCAUGUGGAUCUGGUGGGAGGAUACUAUGAUGCAGGGGACAAUGUGAAAUAUGGACUUCCAAUGGCAUUUACCAUAACAACAUUGUCAUGGGCAGCUGAUUUCUAUGCAGCAGAACUCGAGGCUGCUGGAGAAAUGGAUAAUGUCAGGUGUGCCAUCCGUUGGGGUACAGAUUAUUUUUUGAAAGCCGCUGGCAAAGAGAAAUUACAUGUCCAGGUAGGAGAUCCGGUCAAAGAUCAUGAGUGCUGGGUGAGGCCAGAAAACAUGAAUACACCGAGAACAGUACUGACAAUUGAUAAAGAUCAUCCUGGAACCGAGAUUGCUGCUGAAACGGCUGCUGCUAUGGCUGCUGCUUCCUUGGUGUUUAGAGGCGUUGAUCAUACUUAUUCUCGUCGUCUCCUCAACAAAGCCAAAUCCCUAUUUAAAUUUGCUAAAGCGCAUAGAGGGACUUUUGAUGGAGAAUGCCCAUUCUACUGCUCAUAUUCAGGCUUCAAUGAUGAACUAUUGUGGGCUGCAACAUGGUUGUACAAGGCAAGUAGACAGCCUACGUACUUGAAGUACAUUACAGAUGAGGCAAUUGGUGCUAAUGUGGCCGAGUUUAAUUGGGACCUGAAGUAUGCCGGUGCUCAGAUUGUCCUGUCUGAAUUAUUUUGGGAAGGGCAAAAAGAAUUGGAGAACUUUAAGCAACAUGCAGAUGGUUACAUAUGCUCUAAUCAUCCAGACAGCCCUUUCCACCAGGUUACAUUAACUCCAGGAGGCAUGGUUCACCUUAGAGAUGGUGCAAAUGCUCAAUAUGUUACCGGCACUUCUUUCCUCUUUAGUGUUUAUGGUGAUCUCCUCACUCGUAACAAGCAAGUCGUGCAAUGUGGUGAUAAACAAAUCACUUGUGCUCAAGUACUGGAUUUUUCUCAGAAACAGAUGGAUUAUCUUUUAGGAGCAAAUCCUCAAGGAAGGUCAUACAUGGUGGGAUUCGGUACAAAUCCACCAAAACAAGCUCAUCACAGAGGAGCUUCAGUUCCACCCCUGGCUGCAAACGAGGUGGUGAAUUGUGGCAUGAGCUUUGCUAAUUGGUUCAAUCCAAAUGUACCAAAUCCUAAUGAGCUAACCGGAGCCUUUGUUGGUGGGCCUGACAAGAAUGAUUUCUUUGAGGAUCUUCGAUCUUCUUCCUCCUACACUGAGCCAGUCACUUAUGCCAACUCACUCGCUGUAGGCGCUCUGGCCAGACUAGCCAAUCGUAGUCAUCCCAUUUGAUGCAAUGGACUGUUUAUUGUUCUGCCUCCUGAACUUUGUUGGGGGUUCUAACAAUGCAGAAAAAAACAAGUUGAGCUGUCAUGUACUCUUUGUUUAAGCAAAUUUGAAACGUUGAUGAUGUAAAAUGUAUACGUUCAUCAAUCAGGUAUAUUGUAUUCAACUACAACGCUUUAUUCAUGCAGAAAUAGAAGAAAACUUUGAUAAAC